GGGUUUGGGAGAAAGAGAGAUAAGGAGGAGAGAAAAGGCUCGUUUUAAGUUUUUCGUUUUAUAGUUUUAAGAACUUUUAACAAAAAUUCAAAAUCGCAAAAAAUUAAAUACAAAAACAGUCCUCUUCGCGCGCAGUUGUUAAGCCUCACUGGAGCCAGCCAUGGUGGCUCAGGUAGUAGAGACCACCUCCGCUGCCGCCGAUGAUGGCGGAGGAAUUGGAGGAAUUAGAGGUUCUCCAAUCGCCGUUGAUGAAUCUCAGGAGGAGCAGUUAGAGAAAACGAAGACGUUGAUUUGCGCUCUCAAUUUCCUCUCACGCAAUCUCCCGAUACCUCCUGACGUCUUCGAUGCCGUCUCUUCAAUUUACCACGGCGGCGCUGAUGAUAUAGAUGUCGGUGACGAUGAUCCCUCCGCCGCUGCUGACGUGGACAGCCGCGAUAGUGUGUCUAUGCGAAACGGUCCAGGUAUGGGAAGUUAUGGAGACCUGAUGGCAGAUUUUGAGGAUUCAUUGUUGAGGCAACGGUCAAGUUGUGCAUCAGGUUCUGGUUUGACAAAGUUAAAGGAAGAUCGUUUUCAAAGCCAUAUCCAGCAUCGCCUAACUGAACUUGAAGACUUGCCAACCAGUAGAGGUGAGGACUUGCAAUCGAAGUGCUUGCUGGAGCUUUAUGAACUAAAGUUAGCAGAUUUACAAUGCAAAGUUCGGUCUGAACUGAGUUCUGAAUACUGGCUUCGCCUGCAUUGCGCUAAUCCUGACAAGCAAUUGUUUGACUGGGGGAUGACGCGGUUGCGACGCCCUUUAUAUGGUAUAGGAGAUGCCUUUGCUGUCGAAUCUGAUGAUCCUUUGAGGAAGAAGCGUGAUGCGCAGAGGUUGUCAAGAUUAGAAGAAGAGGAGAGAAACCGUGUGGAAACUACGAAAAGAAAGUUCUUUGCGGAUAUACUCAAUGCAGCACGUGAACUCCAAUUACAAGUACAGGCUGUUCAGAAACGGCGGAAGCAAAGGAAUGAUGGUGUUCAGGCUUGGCAUGGAAGGCAAAGGCAACGGGCUACUCGUGCUGAGAAACUGAGGUUACAAGCUCUGAAAGCUGAUGAUCAAGAAGCUUACAUGAAGAUGGUGGAGGAAAGCAAGAAUGAAAGAUUAACAAUGCUUCUAGGAAAAACAAAUGAGCUCCUUGGUCGUCUGGGAGCUGCUGUUCAACGGCAAAAAGAUGCUGAUCAUGAUGGUAUUGAACCUAUGGAAGGCUCAGAUGCUGAAAUGGCCCCUUCUAAGACUGGAACUCCUGGGCAGUCACUUCCUGAGGAAGAAGAGAAUGUUCUUGAUGAUGAGCCCACGCGUGAUGUAAAGACUAGUGACUUACUUGAAGGUCAGAGGAAGUACAAUUCAGCUGUACAUUCAAUCCAGGAGAAGGUUACGGAGCAACCAGCUAUGCUUCAGGGUGGAGAAUUAAGACCAUACCAGCUGGAGGGACUCCAGUGGAUGUUGUCUUUGUUUAAUAACAAUUUAAAUGGAAUUUUAGCGGAUGAAAUGGGUCUCGGCAAAACGAUCCAGACAAUUUCUUUAAUUGCUUAUCUUAUUGAAAACAAGGGUGUAACUGGUCCCUACUUGAUUGUGGCUCCAAAAGCUGUACUACCUAAUUGGAUUACUGAAUUCUCUACAUGGGCUCCCAGCAUUGAUGCUGUUCUUUAUGAUGGUCGUCUGGAAGAAAGGAAGGCACUGAGGGAGGAGUUAACUGGAGAGGGGAGGUUCAGUGUGCUGAUCACGCAUUAUGAUCUUAUUAUGAGAGACAAAGCAUUUCUGAAAAAAAUUCAUUGGCACUAUCUGAUUAUUGACGAAGGGCACCGAUUGAAAAAUCACGAAUGUGCUCUUGCACGGACUCUCGUGUCAGGCUAUCGGAUUCGUCGGAGACUUCUGUUGACUGGUACCCCGAUCCAAAACAGCUUACAGGAGUUGUGGUCUCUUCUCAAUUUUCUUCUUCCGAACAUCUUUAAUUCAGUGGAGAAUUUCGAGGAGUGGUUUAAUGCCCCCUUUGCUGAUAAGUGCGACGUCUCUCUAACUGAUGAAGAGGAGUUAUUGGUUAUUCGCCGGUUGCACCAUGUAAUAAGGCCGUUUAUUUUGAGGAGGAAGAAAGAUGAAGUGGAGAAAUUUCUUCCUGGGAAAACACAAGUUGUUCUUAAAUGUGAUAUGUCUGCAUGGCAGAAAGUAUACUACCAGCAGGUCACGGAUGUCGGGAGGGUUGGAUUGGAUUCUGGUACUGGGAGGUCUAAGAGCCUACAGAAUCUCACCAUGCAGCUAAGAAAAUGUUGUAAUCACCCAUAUCUAUUCGUGGGUGAUACUUCUGCGUAUUAUCGGAAGGAGGAGAUAGUCAGAGCAUCUGGAAAAUUUGAGCUUCUCGAUCGUUUACUACCCAAACUCCGCAGAGCAGGGCACCGGGUACUCCUCUUCUCACAAAUGACCCGCCUCAUGGACAUUCUUGAGGUCUAUCUGCAGCUUCAUGACUUUAAGUAUCUUAGACUUGAUGGCUCAACCAAAACAGAGGAAAGGGGGACUUUGCUAAAGCAAUUUAAUGCUCCUGAUUCUCCUUACUUUAUGUUUCUUUUGAGUACUCGUGCCGGAGGACUCGGUCUGAAUUUGCAAACAGCAGAUACUGUGAUAAUUUUUGACAGUGACUGGAACCCUCAAAUGGACCAGCAAGCAGAAGAUAGGGCACAUCGGAUUGGGCAAAAGAAAGAAGUUAGGGUUUUUGUGUUAAUCAGUGUAGGAUCAAUUGAAGAGGUCAUAUUGGAACGUGCAAAACAGAAGAUGGGCAUUGAUGCUAAGGUCAUCCAGGCUGGAUUGUUCAAUACAACAUCUACAGCUCAAGAGAGGAGGGAGAUGUUGGAAGAGAUCAUGCGUAAAGGUACAAGCACCCUUGGAACAGAUGUGCCAAGCGAAAGAGAGAUUAAUCGCCUUGCAGCCCGCUCUGAUGAGGAGUUUUGGCUGUUUGAGAAAAUGGAUGAGGAGAGAAGGCAAAAAGAACGUUACAGAUCUCGUCUCAUGGAAGAUCACGAGGUGCCGGAUUGGGCGUAUGCUACACCUGAGGCUAAGGAAAGGGGAAAAGGGUUUCUUUAUGAAAGUGCUAAUCUUACUGGAAAGCGGCGUAGAAAAGAAGUGGUUUAUGCGGAUACUUUAAGUGACUUACAGUGGAUGAAGGCUGUGGAGAAUGGAGAUGAUUUCUUUAAGCAGUCAGGUAAAGGUAGGAACAGGGACCAUCACUCAGUCUCAAAUGGUGAAUUGCCGAGUGACAAUGCUGAAGUGGAGAAGAAAGAACAGGACUUGAAGACUGAAACUGCGUCUGUGGGCGAGGCAACAAGUGAAGAUACCUUUGGAACAACUCCUAAAAGGUUCAAAUCCGAGAGUGCUAGUUCCAUGAGAAACAAUUAUCACGACUUGACUGGUGGCAGUUUGGACGGAUUAUCGUGGAAAGCACACAAGAGGAAGAGAUCAAGCUUAGUAUCUUGAGAUUGCCCCUUUAAAAAUUAGGAAUUAUUUUUGCCAGUGAAGCCAUUGGGGGACGUAGGGGACACUCCGAAAGACAACAGAAUUGGCUACAGGCAUUUCAGAGCUAACUAUGGGUUAAGUUGUCCGGUGUCUUGCAUGUAAAUUAGCAGCUCAUUGUUCUUAGCUUAUUAUUCACUAUUAGUUGAUUGUGCAGUAGUGAGAAAAUUGGAGACAUCAACUGGUGUACCAUUAUCCUUUUUGCCACAAUUCCGAAUUAUUCUUGUUUGGAGUUGCUGCUGGAUCAAGUUUCAGCACUUGGCAACGAUGUACAGUAUAUUUUCAAGUUGAUGUUACGAUCUAGUUUACAUUUUGGAA